UACAGCCUUACGAUCUCAAACAAUCAAAAGAAGCAUCCAGACCUGGUCUUGAACGCCGAAGGGGUCUCAAUGGCUGCGUGCUAUUUCCCAAAGGCUAUCAAGUACUACAACAGCGACGAGAAAACAUUCCGCAUUGGUCUCGGUGAUCCAUCAAAUGCUCGGUGGACAGAGAUGCUGUACCGCGGAAAGGACAAAUACGGCUGGACAUUUACCUUCAACCUUCCAAACACGAGACAGCCUGUUCCAAUGACCUGGAGGAAGGACAACAGCGUGCCUGUAGAUGGAAUGAAGGCCUCUCGAUUAAGUGACAACAACUUCAAGCUGCUCGAUCCAAACGGACAGCUCAUGGCAGCCUUUACAAACCACACCAUGAGCUUCCGCCUCAGCGCCGUUGGAACCUUGCAGAUCAACAUUGAUCUCGGCCCCAUGUUUGAUUAUGCUGCCAUCACGACUUUGCUGUCUAUCUACAAUUUCCAGAAGCGCGAAGAGGACAGUAGAUCAAACAAUACAAGCACUGCGGGUGCUGCCGCCGCCAGUAGUUCUUGUUGA